UGGCACCAGAGGUUACGAAGGGAGGACAUGGCUAAGAAUUAAAAGUCAACACCAAUGGAAUAAAGUUAAUAUUGGACUGCAUCAGCCCAGGCUUGAAGAAAUUCUUUGCCAGCCUUAAGUGUUGAUUCUGUCAACACACCAGAGGGAGUACUUAAAAUAGAAGCGUGAAGUUCAUCUUUGGACAUCAAAUGGAUUUAACAAGUUCAUAGCAUGUGUGAAGCUUAAUAAACCAUAACAAUGAUGAAGCCUUUAUCUUUCAAAAUCACCUCAGACCGCUUGCCGCUGUGUGUCUUUCUCAGUCUUCUCUGGGGUGUCACUGACUCCAAUACAUCAUCAGCACCAAACACAACGUUGACAGCAACAGUGACAAAUGCAACAGAAGCAGAAACGACAACCACAGUGUUAACCACUCCAAUGACAAGCCCUUCCACCACAAAACUACCUCCUCGUAAUGCGGAAGACUUUAAAUCAGUGGGACAAAGUGAGACUAGUAUAACUCUGCAGUGGAAGAAAGUGAACGGCAUCCUCAACUACACACUUGUGUACAGUGAGGGAGAAAUAAAUGUCACUGCAUCGGCGGAACAUGAACAAGUGACACACACCAUUUCAGAUCUCACAAGUGGGACUAAAUACGGUUUUAGUCUCUUCACUGUGUUUGAAAAUGUCAGAAGCAGCGGAAUAAACGUCACUGCAUUUACAGCUCCUGAAAACGUUUGGGACGUGAAGGUGUUGACACAAUUUGAGAGCAGUAUAACUCUGAAGUGGAACAAGGUUAACAACAUCUCAACAUAUAUCCUACAAUAUCACGUCAGUGGUAGUACAAUAGAGAAGAAAAUCAAUGCAUCUCAUCAAGAGGCAUCCGUUACACAUGUGGUAGCUUCGCUUACUGCUGGGACAAAAUAUAAUUUCAAUCUCAUCACUGUGUUUGAGGGACUCAACAGCACUGGAUACACAUUUGAAGCUGUGACAGCUCCUCGUAAUGCGGAAGACUUUAAAUCAGUGGGACAAAGUGAGACUAGUAUAACUCUGCAGUGGAAGAAAGUGAACGGCAUCCUCAACUACACACUUGUGUACGGUGAGGGAGAAAUAAAUGUCACUGCAUCAGCAGAACAUGAACAAGUGACACACACAAUUUCAGAUCUCACAAGUGGGACUAAAUACGAUUUCAGUCUCUUCACUGUGUUUGAAUACGUCAGAAGCAGCGGAGUAAACGUCACUGCAGUCACUGCUCCUCGUAAUGCAGAAGGGUUUAAAUCAGUGGGACAAAGUGAGACUAGUAUAACUCUGCAGUGGAAGAAAGUGAACGGCAUCCUCAACUACACACUUGUGUACAGUGAGGGAGAAAUAAAUGUCACUGCAUCAGCGGAACAUGAACAAGUGACACACACCAUUUCAGAUCUCACAAGUGGGACUAAAUACAGUUUCAGUCUCUUCACUGUGUUUGAAAACGUCAGAAGCAGCGGAGUAAACGUCACUGCAUUUACAGCUCUUGAAAACGUUUGGUACGUGAAGGUGUUGACACAAUUUGAGAGCAGUAUAACUCUGAAGUGGGACAAGGUUAACAACAUCUCAACAUAUAUCCUACAAUAUCACGUCAGUGGUAGUACAAUAGAGAAGAAAAUCAAUGCAUCUCAUCAAGAGGCAUCCGUUACACAUGUGGUAGCUUCGCUUACUGCUGGGACAAAAUAUAAUUUCAAUCUCAUCACUGUGUUUGAGGGACUCAACAGCACUGGAUACACAUUUGAAGCUGUGACAGCUCCUCGUAAUGCGGAAGACUUUAAAUCAGUGGGACAAAGUGGGACCAGUAUAACUCUGCAGUGGAAGAAAGUGAACGGCAUCCUCAACUACACACUUGUGUACAGUGAGGGAGAAAUAAAUGUCACUGCAUCAGCAGAACAUGAACAAGUGACACACACAAUUUCAGAUCUCACAAGUGGGACUAAAUACGAUUUCAGUCUCUUCACUGUGUUUGAAUACGUCAGAAGCAGCGGAGUAAACGUCACUGCAGUCACUGCUCCUCGUAAUGCAGAAGGGUUUAAAUCAGUGGGACAAAGUGAGACUAGUAUAACUCUGCAGUGGAAGAAAGUGAACGGCAUCCUCAACUACACACUUGUGUACAGUGAGGGAGAAAUAAAUGUCACUGCAUCAGCGGAACAUGAACAAGUGACACACACCAUUUCAGAUCUCACAAGUGGGACUAAAUACGGUUUCAGUCUCUUCACUGUGUUUGAAAACGUCAGAAGCAGCGGAGUAAACGUCACUGCAUUUACAGCUCCUGAAAAUGUUGAGAGUGUGACUGUGUUGUCCCAAAAUGUGAGUAGUAUAACUCUGAUGUGGAACAAGGUUAACAACUUCUCAACUUACAUCCUGCAAUAUGAUAACAAUAACAGUCCCAUUACGGGAAAGAACAAUGCGUCUCAUCAAGAGGCAUCUGUUACACAUGUGGUACAUUCGCUUACUGCUGGGACAAAAUAUAAUUUCAGUCUCAUCACUGUGUAUGGGGGACUCAACAGCACUGGAUACACAUUUGAAGCUGUGACAGUUCCACCAACGGUGUCUUCGGUCAAUGUGACUGAACGCUCUGCGACCAGCAUAACUCUGAAGUGGUACAAUGUGGAUAAAGACUGGAGCUACUUGCUUCAGAUUGAUGGCAUUACCGUGACAGUUACCACAGAUGUAUUCCCAAAUGUAGUGUCACAUUCAGUCACGUCUCUCAGGCCUGGGAGAGAGUAUCGAUACAGUGUGAUCACAGUGUUCUCUGGACUCAACAGCACUGCCUAUGAAAGCUUCACAGUAACAGCCAUAGACUGCACCAGUGUAGCCUGGCAUGUUACUAACUCAUCGAUCCAAGGGAUGGUUGAAGGCCUAUUCUCGAAUGCAACUGCCACUAAUAAAGAAACUCAUGUCAGUCCUGGAGGCAGCAAUGUGUCAUUCACUGGCCUUUACCCUGGCGCAACCUAUGAGGUGUCUCUUGUGUACGAAAGACAUUCUACACGCUUUGAGCAAUGUCGCCAAAAUCUAACAAUCCUUCCUCCAAAUUUAAUUGCUCACUGUGAGUACCGGGAAGCUGGCUAUUCUAUCUUUAUUGCCUGGAAUAAACCAGACGGUGUGUGGACUGCAGUGGAGGUGAACGUGACCGGGAAAACUCACCAUGUAACUGAAAAGGGGAAACAGCAUACUGAAAUAUCAGGAUUCCUACCUGCCAAAACAUAUGAAGUGUCUGUCACUUCACUAUCUGGGACUCUAAGGAGUUAUGAACCAUUUGUUUUUCUGUGUUCGACUGAUCCAAGGGGGGUCAUUGCAGGAUCAGUACUUGCUGGGCUGCUUUUUGGUGCCCUGGUCUGUCUGGCUGUCUUCGUUUUGUUUAUAAGACCAGAUUUAAUCAGAAAAAAGCCAUUCAUUCAUGGAUCCAAACUAUAUAAUGAAAGGUCAAAAUCUGUUUCUUUAGCAAAGUUUCCAGACCACUUCUCCGAGUUAAGUGUGGAUGACAACAGAGGUUUUAGCCAAGAAUAUGAGCACCUUGCUCCCAUUGGCACAGAGCAGACACGAAAAGCAGCUCUUUUACCUGAGAACAAAGCGAAGAAUCGUUUCAACAAUGUCCUGCCAUAUGACUGGUGUCGAGUGAAGCUAAAUACAUCAAAUCUCAAUGGGACCUCUGACUACAUUAAUGCCAGUUAUAUGCCAGGCUACAACAGCAACAGAGAGUACAUCGCAACUCAGGGUCCUCUGCCCUCCACAGUCAACGAUUUCUGGAGGAUGAUUUGGGAACAGAGAGUGAAAGGCAUCGUCAUGGUAACCAACUGCACUGAGGGAGGACGGAUCAAGUGUGAACGAUACUGGCCUGCAGACAGCAGGCCUUGCCAUUACGGAGAGCUCUUGGUCACCAUCAGAUCUGACCAAAAUGAGCCCAACUGGAAUUUGAGGAAAUUUAGUGUGAAACAUAAAAACACCUCAGAAGAGCGCACAGUGAAACAUUUCCACUUCACAGCCUGGCCUGACCACGGAGUCCCACAGAGCACCGAAGUCCUGAUCCAGUUCAGAGGAAUGGUGAGGUGGCACAUAGAGAGAGAGGGGGCUGGAGCACCAACUGUGGUUCACUGCAGUGCCGGAGUGGGCAGGACAGGAACGAUCAUUGCCCUGGAUGUGCUGCUUCAGCAGCUUGACAAAAAAAGAGCAGUGGGCAUCAAUGCUUUUGUGCACAAGAUGAGACUGAGUCGACCAUACAUGGUGCAGACAGAGUCCCAGUAUGUUUUCCUGCACCAAUGCAUCAUGGACUGUCUGCAGCCACGUGAGAAGACUGAAGAGAGCAUAUAUGAGAAUGGAGAUGUGAUAUACGCCAAUGCCACUGCACUCCAAGAGUUUCGUUAACACAAGACAAAUGCCUAACCUCAAAAAGAAUGUCAGCCCUGCAGUCAGUCUUUUAUGCACUUAAUCAAAAUGUUAUUCUAAAGUCAACAUACUGUCUUUUUUUAUAAACUGUAAAUAUGAAAAAGAUUUAUGAUUUAUAUAUUUACUGGAUAUGCAUAGCACGAAUUAGGUUUAAUUUAACUUUUAAAUUGUGUUCCUCUUAUGUGCCAAAUAUGUAUUAUUUUUUUAUUGUUAG